UGGUCUCUGCAAGUCGCGUCACUGUUGUUGUGUUUCUUUCGGCAGAUUUUUCUGAAUAUCACAAGCAGAAUAAAUCGGCAUUAAACUUUUAGCAUGUGGUCUAAGGUUCCGGAAUAGACGAUAGUGAUAAAUAAUUAAAGUGAACGCCGCUUCGGAACCCAAACGAAGCAGAGGUAGCGCAGUUUUGGGGGCUAGCUCCCAACGCUAGUUAGCUUGCUAGCUUCCAUUACGCUCCCUUUUCUAUUCAGAUAAAUGUCGCCCAUAUAGCAUUCUUGAUUCGUGUUUAAGCGAUACCGGCUGUGGUACUUCUCACUGAGGGAUGGAAAUAAAAGAAAGUCCCAGAUAAUCGACAGAUGGCAGUGAGGUUAAGCGGUGCAGCGUACGGACGGAUGGUUGUGUCUUCAGCCUCACCGCAUCAGCACGAUUGAUCAGCGUGACUUCUUUCCCCGUCAGGCGACCAUGAAUCAGCACCACUCCCACAAUUCCAGCUUUCAGCACCAGCGGCAAACAUCCAAGAGAUGGAGAGAUGAUCGUGAACAAAACGACAGGGGACAUAAAUCCUCCAAAGCAAACCACCACCGCCCCGAGGCGUCCGCUCGGCAAACGCCACCGAGCGCUCAGGCUUUGAGCGCCAGAAGGGAACUUUACGAAAGACACUUCCCCCUGUACAAGCAGCCCGUCGAAGUGGGUUCCUUUUCCCUGGACUCUCGGCGCCGGUUCUUCAACGACAGCAGGCAGAUGAGGUACUACGCCAAACCGGAGAAAAGUCCGCAUUUUGACCUGAACGACGGAUACAGGGACCGUUAUAUCAAGCGGGACGAAAACGUGAAGGAAAAGCUGGACCACAUCCUCCGCUGGAUCUUGGCCAACAGACCAAAGCUCACGCAGAAGGCGGACGCGUCGUCUUCAUCCAAGAGACGACAAGCACGUCUUCUCGCCCGCAGAGCUUUGGACGUGGACUUCGUGACGUGGCGAGGCCAUCUGACCAAACUUCUGACCACACCCUACGAGACACGAGAAGGAUGGCUGCUGGCCGUCACCAGAUUCAAGGGGACGCUUUACAUCAGCGAAGUGGAAACGGAUGCCGCUCGCCGGGACCGAGAGAAUCGCACCGGCCGGCACCAGGAGAUGAUGUACUGGGGGUACAAGUUUGAGCAGUACAUGUGCACAGACAAAACGGACGGCUCUCCCGAUCCGAGCGGCGUGGUCGACACCAACGAGGCCUUCUGCACCGUGGUCCAAACCCGUCUCUCCGAUCACAGGCUGCUGUUCUCCGGCGAGGUGGACUGCCGGGACAAAGGUCCGGACGCUCCGGCUCCUCCCGCCUGCUACGUGGAGCUCAAGACGUCGGCGGAGAUCUGUACCCCCAAACGGCGGAGCAACUUUCACAGGUUCAAGCUGCUCAAGUGGUGGGCACAGUCCUUCCUCCCCGGAGUCCCUCGCGUGGUGGCGGGCUUCCGGGACGACGACGGCGUCGUCGUCUCCGUGGAGACCUUUCACAUCUCCGAGAUUUCGCGGCUCGUCAAGGUAGGUAUCGCCGCCGGCCGUGCGUACGGGCAGCGGACGCUCGCAGCAACGCAUCUGCGUCUUUGGGAGCAGGCCGAGGACCAGUGUUGGAAGCCGACGGUCUGCAUGAACUUCUGCAGCGACUUCCUGUCUUUUGUCAAGCGUGUGGUCACCCAAGACGAUCCCCACGUGGUGCAUCUGUUCUGCUGGAACCCCCGCUGUGACGUCACCUACUCUGUCCACAGCGGCGACUCUUAUACUUUCCUGCCAGACUGGUACGUCAAGGAAAUGAGCUAAAGAUUCUCGGCCGAGAAGUUCCCCGAUGUGCUCGGCAAAGACCCUUGAUCCAUUUUUGCUGCAUUUCUUUUUUCCAUCCAUUCACAAGGACAAUGCUAACAAACGCGCCGAAGAUUCCGCCAAAUUGCAGCAUCAGCGCCAUCACGGAAGAAACGGCGUGUACGCGCCCGUGCCAUUUAUACAGAACCCAGCGAUGCGGCAUGGCGCAAUCGCAUUAUUGCGCCUGGUGUGACGAACACAACAGGGCGGGAGAAAAGUGUGAGGAGUGUGAAAAUGUCACAGUCACUUUUGAAGAGCCGCUCAGAACAGGCAGUGCAUUGUAAAACUCAGAUCGUUUGUCACUUUUAUUUGUCAUCAUUUUCAGGAAAAUAAAAACUAAAAAACACACACACACACACAUUACACAGUACACAUUUCUCAGUGUUUGGUUCACUUUAUAUAACUCGUGCAACUAUCAUUUUGUCUAGCGUCACCUCAGGAGCUGACGCGGGAAGUCCGCCAGCUUCGUGCUCAUCACGACGGGCGGAUAGACGGCUUGUGCUGAAUCGGUCAAAAAAAGCCUUGUAUUCUUUUUACAAGGGGAAUAAACAUCGACGUUGACGGCAAAUCUUGAGAAGUUUUGGGUUCCUUUUUGUCAUCGGUGAAACUGACAUGAGUGUUGUUAACAACCUUGCCAAUUGGAAUGAUAAGUAUAUAAAAUGAGGCUUCAGAAUUGGGAAAAAUCAAGCGUUUGUUUCCGCUCUCAAACAUUGCGGGCAUGUCGGAUGAAUGCGUGAGCCGCACUUUGCCGACAGUACCUGUUUGAGCCGCGAAAAGGUGUCCGUUGACAGUGGCGGAGGAGGGACUCGUGCGUGCGUCACCGGGCGCCGUUUCGGCCACACACCCCCCAAAAAAAUUGUAGAAAGCAAAUGGCGAAAAACAUUUCAACUUGAUAUCUCCACCAUUCAGCACAACAUACAGUUUGCACGUUUAAACCAGUUACCUUCAAACUUGUAUCAUGCAUUUAGAAACAAAUCUCUGAAUUCACUUUAUUGGGGUUUGAAGUUCUAAUGACAAUGAAGCCAAAUUUGACAUCUGGGCCACAUUUGUUUUUUGUUUCUGUUUGUUCUUUUUUUCUUUGUCUUCCUUCAGACUGACUUUGGGAAAAGUAGUUUCAUUCAGGUCAUGUGACUUUCUCUUCAGAGGAAUUGAAACAAACAGC